UCUAUAAAAGUAAUGUGGUCCCCGCCCGGAAAUCCCCCUGUGAUUUCUUUAUUUUUUUAAAAGGCAGCAAUUGGCUCAGGGCUGGGUUCCCAUAGUAAAGCCGUGGGCUUACGGCCAGGACGCUUGCAUCUGAUAAAUGCACGUUGCAGACCCCAGGAAGGAGGAAGUUGCAGCCACAAGACAGGAAAUAAGUCACCGGCCAGCUCCAUCGCUUGUGUCCACCCUACAAGCAGCAUUAGUUCAGCUUUUUCCCCUUGAAGCUCGCAGCAAGGCGUGGAGCAGAGCGGCACAGAAGUCACCGUUAACUUCUACUUCCCCUCCCCAUUAUCUGCACCGUUCUGAAUACUCGUCCCCUCUGCUCAGCAUGCGUCUGGCCUUCCGGACCAUGUUUUUUACCUAAUGGCUACAAAUAUAAAAAGAUCACAGUCGCUGGCGGUUUCAUUCGAGAGGAGGACCAUGUGUAGGCAGGACAUAAGAAUCAUGGCGUCAGGAGAGCCCAGCUGGCCAACUCCAAUGAAAGCCAUCGGGGCCCAGAACCUACUGACAAUGCCCGGAGGAGUCACGAUCUCGGGAUACCUGCACAAAAAGGGAGGCAAGCAGUUCCAGCUUCUGAAAUGGCCCUUGAGAUUUGUGAUCAUCCACAAGGGAUGUGUUUACUACUUCAAAACCAGCACCUCUGCCACGUCGCAAGGAGCCUUCUCACUUAAUGGCUACAACAGGGUCAUGAGGGCGGCAGAAGAGACUUCAUCAAGUAAUGUCUUCCCUUUCAAAAUGGUGCACAUCAGCAAGAAGCAGCGCACUUGGUACUUCUCUGCAGCCUCUGAAGAGGAGAGAAAGAAAUGGAUGCUGUCCUUAAGGAAAGAGAUCGAUCGUUACCAUGAAAAGAAGGAAACAGUGACAGAUUUAAGUGAUCCUGACUCGGAUUCUGACAGUUUCUAUGGCUCUGUGGAACGCCCCGUGGAUAUAAAUUACAUCCACAAUCCGUCUGACGAUAGCUAUCAAGAUGAAGAUGAUGAUGAUGAUGAGGAUGACUAUGAAAAACCUGAUGGAGCAGAUGAGAAUGCACCCGCGUACCCGCCACCCCCUGUGCCACGAAACCACAGAAACGGCAAUGACUCUGUCAAGCCAAGAGCCAUGUCUGACGUUGGGCUGCCCUAUAAGCCACCUCCUCCGACACCUCCAUUAGUAAAGACUUUGCCUAAUAUGUCUGACCUAGACAGGAAGUUUCCAAGGAGGGAAUCAGCAAGCCAUCAAGGCUAUUCAUGUGGGCCACCAGCUCACAAAAUAGAGGAGUUUACUCCAAAACUUCCUCUUCCCAAAAAGACUACAUUUGAUUUUACUGAAAAAGAGCCACGUCUGAGGGAAGAUGUAAUUGGCUCGUCCGAUUUUGUUCCCAGUUAUGAUCUGUGUGGGCCUAAUAUUAAACUACCUUCUCCAUCACUACAACUAGUAGCUCGCAAUGUAGAUCCACCUGCACUGCCUCCUGCUUCUUACCCGAAGAAAAAGCCAAGUACACAGCUGAUUGGUAACACUGUGAACAAAGAACUUGCCGACAAGUUUAGGAUAUUGCCUGCUUCCCCACCUGUCCCAGCUCCUAAACUGUCUGUUGUCUCACCUGUCCCAGCUCCUAAACCGUCUUUUGUCUCACCUGUCCCACCUCCUAAACCGUCUUUUGUAAGCCCUGCUAUAAAACCAAGCUGGUCCUCCAAUGCACCUCCGCCACCUCUGCCUCCAGUGAAACCUUCCAUUCAACAGUGCAUACCUUCCUCGGUUACAGUAGCUUCUCCAACCCCUCCAGUCCCACCAAUCAAACCCCGAAUUCUCGGUGAGCAGAAGGCAGAGAAGAUACCACAGAAACCUCCACCAAUACCCCGUCAGACAGGAAGGAGGCCGGAGAGUGAUAAACUUGAUCUCUCACCAAAGCUAUCGCCGCCUGAUGGGCAAAGUUUCAGAGGUUUCAGCACGGAGGUUCCUGCCCAUCCACCAAAGCCAAGAAGAAAAUGUAAUAGGAAUGACAGUGAUGAGGACUAUGAACAGGUUCCCUUGCCGAUCUCUGUAUUUAUUGAUACCAAUGAUUCAGUGGAAGUGGAAAGGAUAUUCAAAGCUGCAAGCCCCGGAGGAACCCCCGAGAAUGGCUUAUUCUGUAUACGGAACUCUGCAAAGGCAGGAAAGGUUCUAGUUGUUUGGGAUAAAGUCAUUGAGAAAUCAAGGAACUACAGGAUUUUUGAAAAGGAAACCGAAUAUUUUCUGGAGGCUAACUUGCUUUUCCCAGAUGUUGAAAGCUUGGUGGAACACUACUACACAAACACGUUACCAAGCCAUAGUUCUCUGGUUCUCCAGCAUGCCUAUGGCUGCUCCUUUCCAAGGUGACACAAGGAUCGCACGGGGAAGUCGAGGAGUUAAACAGGCAGUUCUAUGAGCCAAGCACACAGUCCGGACACUGUAGCAGAAGACUAUGGGAAGUGGUUAAAGGCUGACAUUACUGUGUUGAUCAGACAACUCAGGGUGCAGGCGUGUCAUUCUCAGAAAUGGCUUGUUAUUGGCUAUCACCUUCAGUAUUGGCUGAACAUCGUAACUAUGAACUGCUGAGGCCAUUGGGGAAUGGUGGAGAAUUUGACUUUUAACUGCUGAAAGAUCAGUUUUUGCCUUCUUAUUUAUUUUUUCUUCAAGAAAUCCAAUCACUUGCUUUCUCUUCUAAAAGGACAUCUUUUUCUCUGAUUUUUGUUAGAAUUAAACAAAAACGUUUUUUUGA